AUGAUAAUAGUAAUAAGAAUACAGUAAGUGCAAAAUAGCAAUCUUAAUGUACUUAAUUAGACCGUAAUACAACUUGGUAUUAAUUGUUAUCAUGACAUGGUAAAGCAUGUUAACUAAUGCGGGAAAAAUUGAUUGUAAAAAAAUAUCAUUGGAGAUAUUAAGAAACUACAUGUGAUUAGCCCGAACUCUUUAUUGAAGCUAGAUUAAUUUAAGAUAUUAAGAACAUGCCAUCAUGUCCAAUAAAUUGUGCAAUAAAAAUGUUAUAAUGAAUUUCUCUUUUAUCGCAGGUAUCUCAUCCUUUUAGCAUUUUUUAUGGUACAUGGGUGUUUUGGUGUCCUGCCAAACUACACCUCAGCACUACCACAUGUAGGAUAUUUAGCAUAUAUUAUAUUAUGGAAUGUUGUGGAAGCACCAUGUGGAAGCACCAUGUAAAUAUAAAGAAUGGCAAGCGGCCAUUUUGUAUUCUAAAUAUAUACUUGGUUAGUGUGGUUGUAAUCAGUUGUAUUGUCGUUCAAUCCGUAUUUGUUAGAUUCUACAAUUGUCUUAAGUUGAACUAUAGUUUUAAACGAAAAUGAUUUCGGAGGAUUUCGACCGUUUGUUGAAACGGAGGAUUUCGAAACGGAGGAUUUCGACCGUUUGUUGUGAACAGUGAUCCGAACAGUGUUGGGUCUGAAUGGAAACGAUGGCUUCGCAGUUUUCAGUUAUAUGCUGACGGUAAAGGACUUAUUAUUGAGGCUGGAAAAGAUGACAAUAAGGGACAGCGACGAGCACUUCUACUUCAUUGUGCUGGAUUGGAUGUCCAGGAUAUUUUCGAUGUUUUGCCUGAGACGGGGAACCCAAAAGAAUACGAGAAGGCCGAAGAAGCUUUAACCAGACAUUUUGUCACCCAAGUCAACGUUCCGUAUGAGCGACACAUGUUCAGAGAAAUGGCACAGAAUGAAAACGAAACGAUUGAUCAGUUUGCUAUACGCUUGCGACGUAAAGCUCAGCAGUGUGAUUAUGGAGAUUAAAUGGAGUCUCAGAUCAGGGAUCAAAUUAUUUCCAGGUGUCGGUCGAGUGAUCUGCGAAGGAAGUUUCUGGAGAAGGGUCAGACGCUUAACCUUAAACAAUUACAAGAAAUAGCAAGAACGUCUGAAGCUGUGAAAAGACAAGUAAAGAGAAUGAAUGUUCAUAAUGAUGGAGUGAACCGAGUUUCUGAAAAGCCUGGUCGACAAGACAGACAUGAAAGUAAAGGUGAGAAAGGUGGAAAAGUUACGAAGAGUGGUCAAUGUUUUCGAUGCGGAAAACCAGGACAUUUUGCCAGAGAUCCCAGAUGCCCUGCAAAGGGAAAGGAAGUUCCAAGUGCCACCAGAAAGGUCAUUUUGCUGUGGUAUGCAAAACCAAAAGUAAAGAUCAUGGCAAACCAAGAGAUAUUAUAUUAA